GGAGAGCUUUUUGAUCGGAUUGUGGCGAGAGGACAUUACACGGAGCGAGCAGCUGCGGCUGUUAUGAGAACAAUCGUUGAGGUUGUGCAACUGUGUCACAAGCAUGGGGUAAUCCAUAGAGACUUGAAACCUGAGAAUUUCUUGUUUGCCAACAAGAAGGAGAAUUCCCCUCUCAAGGCAAUCGAUUUUGGAUUAUCGAUAUUCUUCAAGCCAGGCGAAAAGUUCUCAGAAAUUGUGGGAAGUCCAUAUUACAUGGCGCCAGAGGUUUUGAAGCGAAAUUAUGGACCAGAAAUAGACAUAUGGAGUGCAGGGGUUAUUUUAUACAUCUUGUUGUGCGGAGUUCCUCCCUUUUGGGCUGAGACUGAACAAGGGGUGGCUCAAGCUAUUCUCCGUGGACUGAUAGAUUUCAAACGCGAUCCAUGGCCCAGUAUCUCAGAGACUGCUAAAAGUCUUGUCAAGCAAAUGUUGGAGCCAGAUCCAAAGCUUCGCUUGACUGCAAAGCAAGUUCUUGAUCAUCCUUGGCUCCAAAAUAUCAAAAAAGCUCCAAAUGUUCCACUUGGCGAUGUUGUCAAAUCAAGGCUCAAGCAGUUUUCCAUGAUGAACAGAUUUAAAAGAAAGGCUCUACGGGUAAUUGCUGAUUUUUUAUCCACCGAAGAAGUCGAAGAUAUCAAAGAAAUGUUCAAGAAGAUUGACACUGAUAAUGAUGGUAUUGUUAAUAUUGAAGAACUGAAGGCUGGCGUUCACAACUUAAGCUCUCAACUUGCCGAGUCUGAAAUUCAGAUGUUAAUAGAAGCUGUUGAUAACAAUGGGAAAGGCACUUUGGACUAUGGAGAAUUUGUUGCAGUGUCUCUUCAUCUACAGAAAAUGGCAAAUGAUGAGCACCUUAGGAAGGCGUUUUCCUACUUCGAUAAGGAUGGAAACGGUUACAUCGAGCCAGAUGAACUUCGUGAUGCUUUAGUAGAAGAUGGAGCAGAUGAUUGUACAGAUGUUGCAAAUGACAUCUUUCAGGAAGUGGAUACAAACAAGGACGGGCUUAUAAGUUACGAUGAAUUCGUGGCAAUGAUGAAAACAGGAACAGAUUGGAGGAAGGCUUCUCGGCAUUACUCGAGAGGGAGAUUUAACAGUCUCAGCAUCAAGCUGAUGAAAGAUGGAUCACUAAACUUGGGGAGUGAAUAAUACAACAAUCCCUUGGAGUGGAGAGUUUGCAUUUGGUUUCUUCACAUAGAGAAGCACUGUAACAUUGGGCUUACAUCUGAAGUUGCUUUCUUUUGUGAUUAUUUGUUGGGUGCCCGGCCCCUUCGAUUAGGACGUGGCGGCCCAGUAGCGCCAUUGAAGGCCCAGUAUGUCUCUAAUUGGCCCCACCGAAAAUGUUAUGUAAAAUGUGAUGCCAUGUAGUUAACAGUACAGGCUUGUAUGAUACACUUACACUACUUUUCUAAUGCUCUCGGUUUAACAUCCACUUGAUUUA